AGUACAUUGGUGGCAGAAGUGGGAUCGUCCCAUACUAUUCUCUCCCCAUACAGUAUGCUCCAAAGCAACUACACGCGUGUGUCAGUGUUUGUGAUCGUGGGCUUCCCGGGGCUCCAUCCAUCCUUCUACCAGCUGGUGGCCUGGUUCUUCUUCUUCAUCUAUGUGAUCACGGUGGUGGGGAACAUCCUGCUAGUUGUGCUGUUUGCUCUGGAGCGCAGCCUGCAGAAACCCAUGUACAUCAUCAUGCUCAGCCUGGCUCUGUCAGAUAUAGGCUUCUGCACGGUGGCCCUUCCCAAAGUGAUAGCUCGGUACUGGUGGGACGACGCUGGCAUCUCUUUCUUUCUGUGUCUGAUACAGAAACAAUUCAUCCACUACUUUGGAGCACUCACCUCUCUCAUCAUGAUGACCAUGGCUAUGGACAAAUACCUGGCUAUCUGCUACCCUCUCAGGUACAAUGAGCUGAUGACCAACAGGACCAUGUCUCUCCUAACAGCCCUGUCCUGGGUGUUAGCCAUGAUAUCUCCAGCCAUCACCACCAUCCAGUCAUCCCAGAUGCCUUUCUGUGGGUCCAACCGCAUCAACCACUGCUACUGCGACACCACGUCUCUCAACCAGCUGUCGUGUGCUGACAUCUCGUCCCAGAGCAGACUAUCCUUCUCACUAGCCAUGGUCGUUCUCUUUCUCCCCUUUGGCUUCAUCGUCUUCUCCUACGUCAACAUCAUCUUCACAGUGAUGCGCAUGGCUAACGCACAGGGCAGGAUGAAGACCUUCUCUACCUGUGCUACUCAGGGCUGUAUCAUCCUUAUUUACUACAUCCCCCGCUUCAUAGUGAACGCUACACCCUACAUCCCCAACCUGACCACGACCCCUGACCUCCGCAUCAGCCUCGCCAUUUUCUCCAGUCUGCUGCCACCCCUACUCAACCCCUUCAUCUACUGCAUCCGUACCAAGGAGAUCAGGGCUUUCCUGGCCAAGUGGGCCAACCGAGGGCAGUCCAACGCACAUCACAAACCCUGCAUCCACCCCAUAUCCUCACCUCUGGGGCCACUGGUUGGGAAGGAGUACAGUAUGUUUGAGGUGAAUGAGAACUACACGCGUGUGUCAGAGUUUGUGAUCGUGGGCUUCCCGGGGCUCCAUCCAUCCUUCAACCAGCUGGUGGCCUGGUUAUUCUUCUUCGUCUAUGUGAUCACGGUGGUGGGGAACAUCCUGCUGGUGGUGCUGUUUGCCCUGGAGCGCAGCCUGCAGAAACCCAUGUACAUCAUCAUGCUCAGCCUGGCUCUGUCAGAUAUAGGCGUCUGCACGGUGUCCCUUCCCAAAGUGAUCGCUCGGUACUGGUGGGACGACGCUGGCAUCUCUUUCUAUACGUGUCUGAUACAGAAACAAUUCAUCCACUACUUUGGAACACUCACCUCUCUCAUCAUGAUGACCAUGGCUAUGGACCGAUACCUGGCUAUCUGCUUCCCUCUCAGGUACACAGAGCUGAUGACCAACAGGACCAUGUCUCUCCUAACAGCCCUGUCCUGGGUGUCAGCCAUGAUAGUACCAGGCAUCACCACCAUCCAGACAUCCCAGAUGCCUUUCUGUGGGCCCAAUCGCAUCAUCCACUUCUACUGCAACACCGUGUCAAUGAACCAGCUGUCGUGUGCUGACAUCUCGUCCCAGAGCACAGUAUCCGUCUCACUAUCCAUGUUCGUCCUCUUCCUCCCCUUCAGCUUCAUCGUCUUCUCAUAUGUCAACAUCAUCGUCAGCGUGAUGCGCAUGGCUAACGCACAGAGUCGGUGGAAGACCUUCUCCACCUGUAGUUCCCAGCUGUGUAUCAUCUCUCUGUACUACGUCCCCCGGUGCUGUGUCUAUACCAGCAGCGUCAUCAACUUCUCCAUCAGCCAGGACUUAGUUCUCGGCCUAACCCUGCUCUACAGGCAGGUAGCUCUGCUGCCACCCCUAGUCAACCCCUUCAUCUACUGCAUCCGUACCAAGGAGAUCAGGGCUUUCCUGGCCAAGUGGACCAACCGAGGGCAGUCCAACGCACAUCACAAACCCUGCAUCCACCCCAUAGCCUGCUGACAGGCACUCAGGCAGCCUGCCGCUUAUAAAAUCACACAGGGGGCAUUAUUACUGCAUACAUCUCCUGUUCUCUCACCUAUGAAGGAAGCCAUUGGCCGAAACGUCAUCUGGUCAUGCAGAUGUUGAGCCCCAGAUCUGAUAUGUUUUCAUUAUUAUUAUUCAAUAUGCUAAACAAUAAACUUUCACACUUGU